UAGUUUUAAAGUGUUAUCAUCUGCAUACAUAUUCUACACUAAAAGGAUGUUGUACAGGGUCAAGUUAUGGAUAAAACUUUUAGGACCAGUACCAUAUGUUUUACCAGCAGCCAUUUACCUGGUAAUGUUAGUUUUCUAUUGUUACCAAGAUUAUAUAAUAACAGAAGGAUGGUCUGAUAUCAAUUUUAAGAAUCCUGUACCUCCAGAUGUGUUGGACGGAGCAGAAGAGUAUUUGAAACGAAAUCAAAGCAAGGAUAUCACAUUUGUCACAGCUUAUUUUAAUCUCGGAAAAUUCCAGAAAGGUCCGUUCAAAACAUUUAGUACACAAACUUACUACAGCUGGAUGAAGAAUUAUGCAUUUGUGUACAAUGAAAUUAUUCUAUACACAGAUUUAGAAGAUUUAGCAAUUAGAUUUAAAGCCGAACGAUCACAUUUUCCUGCACAUAUGACAAGAAUAUUUUUAGUAAAGCCAAGUGAAUUUUGGGCAUUUGGGUUAAAAUCAAAAAUUGAGAAAAUUUACAAUCAAACAAACUAUCCAAAAUGGUAUCCAAAUACUGUCAUGGCGUCAUAUUCAUGUGCCAUGCAUGUAAAGUACGAUCUUAUAAAGAGGGUGAUAAAGAAAAAAUUAGUAAAAACUAAAUAUUUAGCAUGGAUGGAUAUAGGUUAUUUUAGAGGAAAUGAAAAAGGGACAUUUUCAUUAAAACCUCCACAAAAUCUCAAAGAUGAUCAUAUAGCCUUUGUACAGAUUGAUAAGUUCGUUGACAUGACGCCAAAAGAAAUUAUGUUUAGUAAUAGUGUAUUUUUAGCAGGUGGAUUAUUCAUUGGAAGGCCAGAGUAUUUACUUCUUAUGGUUGAAGAUUAUAAAAAAGCAGUUGAAAAAUUAAUUGCAAUGAAUAUAAUGAACACAGACCAGCAGGUGCUCUACUGUAUGUACUCGCCAAAAUUUCAAUUCCAGCCUAGAAUACCAAUCCAGAGAUUUUACAGCCAAAGUCGUUUGUUAUGGUUCUAUCUUGGUGACCUCUGUAGAGAAAGUAGUUUAUUUUUCGUAAGAAAGAAGACAAAAUUAAGUGAAGUUAUAGCAAGUAGUAUAUUUUUGUAAUGAAGGUAUAUGCAUAGUUGUUAAGGAAGUUACACGAAUUGUACAUGAAUCUGGUAUCUGUUUUAAAAAUAUCAAUGAUGUCACUGUUUAUUUAUUUAGUAGUAUGUACAAUCUGAGUUAUCUUUCUUUGUCUGUAAUUGUAGUUUUGGAACUAACUACAAAUAUGGGCAAAGUAGAUAUCUCAUUCCCAAUCCAUAGUAAAGCCUUCCAAUACUUGAAAUUAAGCCAUGAUACAUUUUUAGAAAUCCACAGUAUUGUCUUUAUUACUUGAUAUAUAAUGUAGUUUUUAGUUCCAAUGUCAAAAUGAAUGCAAUCUUUCAUGAGCAUUGCUCACGUGAGCUUUGAUUUAGUUUUGCUCACAGUACCAAUAUGUGUGUGUCAACUUAUAUUGUUAUAUUGUUGAAUUUAGUCAUGCAGAUUCAUUAGGUUUGUUCAACAGUUUUUCUGUUAUUUAUUAUUGUUUUAAGUAUGUGUUUUUAUUGAUUUGAGUUAUUGAUAUGUGCUUUCUUAAAUUGUGUUGUGCUAUUGAUAUGUGUUUUAUUGAUAUGAGUUUUAUUGUUUUGUUCUACAUGUUCCAUGGAGGUGUAUUACACAGCUACUUUUGCAUAGGUACUAUAUGUCUGUACCAAAAAUCUGUAGUACUUGAAAUCUACUUCUAAUAUUCAGUACUAUUUUGUUACUCUAAAAUUAUUGUAAUAUUUAGGUACCUGUAUUUUACAAUACUUGUUUUGUACUUGAAAAUUUAAGUACUACAUAUUUUUGGUUACAACGUUACAUUUAAGCAUUUUGAUAGUAUGUCUAUUUCAAAUCUCUUAAAAUUAUGGUUUUCAAACAUGGAAUAUUGUGAUCGCUUUUGGUAUUAUUUCUGUACCAAAAUUUUAAGUACAAAUCAAGUACUGUAAAAUACAGGUACUUAAAGAGUACAAUAAUUUAAGUAAAGAAAUAGUACUAUUAUAAAGGUAAAUUUUUAGAACUACAGAUUUUAAGUACAAAAAUAGUACCUAUGCAAAAUUGUCUGUGUACAACAAGUACAGAAUUUGCAAUGAAAAUUUUCAAUUGUUGUCUGCCUAUUAAUGAACAAUUUAAGUUUGAGUGACUUUAACUUUUGUGAUUUAUUCCUCAGGUUUCAUUUAUGUACGUAUUCCAUGUUGUAACAUACAUGUACAUGUAUUCUACUCAUAAAGCAUUACUACAAGUUAGCUCAAAUUAAAUGUAUAAAAUGAUAAUUUCAAUUGUGUCCUAAAUAAAUAAAUGGAAUUUACAAAUUGUUGAGAAAUAAUACAUUAUGUAAAUGUUUGAAAAAUUAUAAUAACCAGAUUUCACAAAUAUAUAUUUUGGUUUAAUUAAGGGAUGACUGUAACAUUUUUUCUGUCUACGAAGAAAUAAUAUAAAAAAUGUGGUGCAUACUGAAUAACGUGCAUGGCAGGUUAUUUAACAGUGUGCACUACAUAUUUUAUGUUAUUUCGAAUAGACAGAAAAAAUAUAACAGUCAUUUCUUAUAAUUUAAUUCUAAAUUCCAUUUAAAACCGUAGAAAACCAUGAAAAAAACGUUGAUGACGUAACGGUCACAUGACUAAAUUAUGUCAAUGGGCUGAUAACAAAAAAACGUCAGCCAAUCAGAAGACGCAUUACAUCCAAAAUUAAACCAUUGUUUAACAGUAAACACUGGUGAAAUGAUAGCAUGAGCUGGGCAUGAUGUUCACUGGAAACAUACAAUGUACAUGUAUUCCUAUUCACCCAGAGAAAGUGUUGUUGCUUUUAAUAGUCAGUUAAUAUUAACAUGUAUAAAUUGCUGAUGGAAUAUGUGAGAUAUUGUUAAAGUCGUAAUGCCAAAUUGUUAUUGUAACUGUUGUAUAAAAAUAUACUUCAGAGAAAUGAUUUGCAAUAGGAAAUAACCUGUUAUCUUUCUUAUUUUGUUAAGGGACCAGUUGCCUCUAUAUUGAUGUAGUGAGACUUCAACAUGUAUUCUUGCCAAGAAAUAACAAAUUAAUUAUUUUUAUUUGUUUGUUAUAAGUUAUUUUUAUUUGUAACUCUUUUAAUCAAAGGAGGAGGUAUUAUACUUGCAUAUUUAUACUUGCCAAAAAGAGUCAAUUUUAUUUUUAAUUUAUUCUUGCCAUAAAAAAAGAAAUAAUUUUUAUUUGUAACUCUUUUAUUUGAAGGAAGAGGUAUAAAUAAAUAAAAGCCAUUUUCAACCCCUGAUAUUGUAAAAAUAGUAAAAUUCUCAAAAGCAUAAAAAAAAUACAGGGUAUGUUAAUUUUUCCUGGUACACUAAAACUAUGAUACUUAUAGAUUAUCGUUGAUCAUCUCAACGAGAUUAAUUUUCUCGCUUGAGCCGGUAGCAAUCAAGUUGAGAUGAUCAAUGAUAAUCUGUAUAUCACUAUUUUACCUAUGAUGAUGUUGUCAAUUUCAUUAGCAACGCCACAUGCCUCCUUAGUUUUUAACGGUAAUUUUCCAGAAGCAUGAUAUGAAAAAUUAUCACAAAAAAGGAUGGAAAGAAAAAUGCACAAAAUAGUGAUAAUAUCUGAAAACCGCAGAUUUGGAAAAUUCAGUUGUCCAAGGGAUUUCACUUCAGCAACAUGCUUUAAUUGACCUAAAAGGCUAGAAUAUUUGAAGGAUGCUAUUUUAUAAAUAAAACCCUUUUUGAUUUUCAAAUUCAAGGAGCCAAAAAGAUAGUGUUAAUCAUGUUAAUAAACCUUCCAUAUAUUUUUAUUUUUUAACCAACUUUUAAAUUAUUAUGGGCUUUUCAAGAAACAAUAAUUUUGAUACCUAAAAAAUAUAUUGUUCCAAUUAUAGGGAAUUCAAGAAAUUGUGAUUAUUGUAAUUGCUCCCUCUAUGUAGCUCUAGAAUAGUUAAAUCUACCCAUGACCUUGGUAGAUUUUUUGUGGCGACCUUGCGACAACAAAACAACAACUUCUUAUGAAGUUCAUUUUUCUUGAAAGCCCUCAUAAUAGUAUAUUUGAAUUUUAUCUCCAUAAUGAAUUGCAAAAUUUUUACUUGAUAUAGAUAACAUAUUUUUUUCAUGUUUAUCUUCAUUUUAAAUACUCAUUGCCAGAUUUUUAAAGUUUUAUGCAUGACAUUUGCAUAUAAAUUUUAAUGUUUUUCAAUUUAGUAGAAAAAGUAUGUGUGUGUUUCAAUUUUUAUUUUUAUUUUCUAAAUGGGUUUUAAUUAGAACCUUGGUGCAAUUUGGGUACUAAGAGGUUAUAGGUCUUAUUUGUGGGGUUUAAACAUAUAUGAUAAGGUAUAACUUUUUUAUAUUCAAAAUAUAUGAAAAUGAUUUGAUACUGACUUCAUCAUGCUCACCACUACCACAAAGGGAUUGAAGUGGCAUGGAGAAGGAAUCCCAAUUUAUUUCCCUCAUUAAUUCAAUGCAGUGUUAUCAUAAUUGCAUGGUUUCUGGAAAAAAGUUGUUUGGUGAUGAGCAAAAUUUUUUUUUAAGCUUUUUAAUUGGAAGUUGUAUCUCAGAGAGAACAAGAUUAAAAAGUGAUUGUUCAAACUGUCAAAAGAGUAGAAUUAAUACUGCACUUAUUUUUUCAGCAAUGUUGUUUUAAGUGGUGCUAAGUAUAAAGUUUAUAAACUGAUCCAUGUUGAUUGUAGUUAUAUACCAGGGUAAGUGUUUCUAUGGUUACAAUUAGUGUUGUUUUACAUAAUUGCAUUUUAUACAUGUUCAAAUUGUUGCAUGCUUUUUUGUUAUAUUUUUGUUAAUUUUUUUACUUUAUAACAUCUAGAUCAUUCCUGUAUACCUAGUCUUAUAUAAUUAAUAUUCAGAUGUGCUCAGAAAUAGUUAUGAGUUUUAAUGUAAUGCCCAGUAAGCUGGGAUAGAUAUCUAUUUUAGGGGAUAUUUGGACUUUUUGACAUAACAAAGUCUGGCAUGUUUAAAUCCAAAAGUUUUGAUAUGUGAAAUAGUUUUUUGGCAAAUUUAGAUUAAACACCAUUUUAAAGAAAAGGAAAUUUGAAAAAAAUCUCUCAUUCUCUCUGUCCAUGUUUAUGUUUACACGAAUAAGUCAAAGAAUCUGGAUGAUCAAAAUAGAUGCCUUCAACAAACAAAAAACAUUCCAAAAUAAGCUCUAUUCCACAAAAACAAGUUUGUAGAUAAAAACUCUAUUUUAAGAAUUGACUUUUUUAGCCAUUUUCAAAUUUUGUUUAUAGAGUAUAAAUCACUGAAAAUUAGUAGAUUGUCUACAUAUAAAUAUGUCAAAUAAAUUGCCAAAUUUGUUAGUACAUUUACCACAAAAGCAUUAUAGUACAAAAACUAUGUUAGAUGUUAUUAUUGUUAUUGUGUAAGAAAAAACAGUCUAGUCUAAACAUUUCUGUAUAAUAAUAAAGAUCUACGAAGUCA